AUGUCCCAAACUGUAAAGAGUUUGAUGGAUGGUCGCCCAACCCGCCGUUCGUGCCGCCCCGCGCAUCACCUCAAUGAUCACCCGCCGGGCCUUCCACGCAACCCGCACCCGUCUCUCUCUCCGUACCACUACUCCGAGGGCCCCCGCUCGAACUUGCCCUUCAACACCAAGACCCGGUUCUUCGCUCUGCGAUACUGGGGCUACAUGUUCACCGGUUUCUUCGCGCCCGUUGGCAUUGCCGUCUGGCAAACCAAGAAGCCCAAGGCUUAA